AUGAGUAGUAGUGAACCACCGCCGUAUAACGAACUGAUAGAAGUUGCACCCGGUUUCUUUAAUGUCCGUGGACAUUUCAAGAUGCUCGCCGGGAUUGUCGAUAUCGGAACCCAGAUGUCAAUCGUUCGGCUAAGAAAUGGAAAUUUUCUCGUUAUCGACACUGUCCCAUUAACCGAUUAUUUGAAAUCGGAAAUUGAUCGUCUAACAGACAGCGGGUCGAAAAUUGAAGGUGUUCUCGGUUUGCAUCCGUUUCAUACGUUGGCGUUUCGACCGUUCCACAAUGCAUACCCGAAAUUGAAAUACUACGGGUGUCCGCGACAUUUACGGAAAAUACCAGAAAUAUGUUGGUCGGGAAGUUUGAAUGAUGCUGAUACACGGCGAAAAUGGGCACCAGAAAUCGAAAUGAGAAUACCGGCAGGUGCCGAAUUUAUCUCACCGCUACCAGAGAGUUCAAAUCAUUUCAGUAGCGUUUUCCUAUUUCACCAACCGAGUAGAACGCUCCAUGUCGAUGAUACGCUUAUGUACUCGCCGAAUCCCGGUUUCUUCACCAAACUUGUCGGAUUCAAAGCUGGCGCCAUGGUAUUUCAACCGUCAAUCAAAGGUCCCGGCCUGUAUCCAACUGCCGACGCCCCCCAUCAAUUUCGUAACUGGAUGCGACAGAUUUUGACAGACUGGAAUUUUGAUAAUAUCGUAAGUUCUCUGCCACAUUGUAUUGAGAAAAAUGUCGAAACGGACAAAACUUAA